CUCGAAAAUUGAAUCGCUUCAAUCGUUGGGUGUCGCGAAGUUCAUUCGCUCAUUCUGUUUUCUUUCUUGAUUUUCAUCGUAAACAAUCGUAAGAAUUGCAAUCGAGGGCACAGAGUCGUGCGAUCGAACGUACUCGUAACGUUCUUUUUUUUCGAACGUUUCAAUUUAACGUAUUUCGACGAUGCAACUUGCUAGCAGAAUUUCCCAGAACUCUCGGAAGUCUCUCCAACGCUCGACACAAUACGGCAUCUCGGCAGCGAUGAUUGAUACUCAGUGAUAUGUUUCGACUAUCGAAUUAUUCGGAAUCUUAAUCAAUUUUUUACUCGAGUGAGAAUAGAAAUAAUGAUGGAAGUGGACGAUGAUAAAAUUACGGAACAAAUAACCGUCUACGAGAAUAAAAUCAAAGAGGUGAAGGACAAGAUUCGCGAUGAGCUUCAAACCAGACGCGACUUGAAGAAUAAAAUCAGCGAGGCCAAAAAGAAUGAAGCCACUCAGGUGAUGAUUCUAGAGAGGCUCGACGAGUACGAGAGCAUCGUCAGCCGAGAGCUCGAACUGGCCGAGAGAAAGGAGGACAGCGAGUCCAUGAUAACAUUGGCUAUGAUAAAACAAUACGACGACAUGCUGCAGGAACACUUGAAAGUUUGGGCGAAAUACGAGGAAGAGUACGAAGCAAUUCCGCUGGCCAUGGAACGACGCAAAGCAGAAUCGAGACUGCUGCGAGUAACGAUUCAGGUAAAAUUGGCGGCUUAUCGCAUAAACGAGGCUCAACGGUCGAUGAGGCUGAAAAAGCAAAUCGCCAAAAAACGGGAGCAGCUGAAAAUCAUCGAAUUUGCCCGAUUGUAUCUCGAGCACAACAAGCGAGAGAAAAAUUGCCAUCAGCUCAUCGGUAGGAUCAAAGCGAUGAAGUCGAAAGCGCAAGAACUGCGCCACAAGGUUGAAAAUGCCGAAAAACAAAACUACCGUUUGGCAAGAUUCAAUGCAAGGAGUAAAACUCAACAGAUGCCGAAAGUCGAUUUGUCGCACUUUUUGAUCAACAAAAAAUUAAGUCAAGAUAAUGCUGAUACUGCUUCCGUUUAUUCCAUGGCAUUGGAACAAGAGUACCUGGAUUCAGAUGAUCGUUCGAAAAAGAAAUCCGAGCCUAUUCCGCCAAACAUUGAAUCUUUGCGAAUAAAUAUUGAUGAAGAUUAUAAUAUCGACAUGGAUAUCGAUACAACUGAGUUUGAAGGCUUGAACAAACAAUAUCCGCAAUCGAACAAGCCAAACGAAUCUCAAAAAACCAAUAAUAGCGACAAAUAUAAAAAACAAGGUCGAAGUGUGAAUCGAAACGAUACUGCUCCCAGUAAAAUGCCUAGUGAAGUAGACCGUGCAUCUCAACCGAAAGAAUCGAACGAUAGGCGAAACAAUGAAAGGUCCAACAAUGAAUCGCAAAAAGUAAUGAAUUCUAAUAAACUCAAGAAAAAAUUUGUUGAAGAACAUAAGCAGUCUGAAAAUGUAUCUCCAAAUGCUCGGAAAACUCCAUAUAAACGAGAAAAUCAACAAGCUCCCCCCACCACCCUGAAAGAUACCACAGGCAAAGAUUAUCAGCAACGUCCGGUACCGACACCCGCGAAAAUGCAAUGUUUCACUCGCGAUAAUUCGGCCAACAUUCAAAGUCAUCCUGUCCAAGAUGCUCAACUGGAAAAACCACGUCGCUCAUCACAGGAACAACCACGACGCUCAUCACAGGAACAACCCCGACGCUCAUCACAGGAACAACAAUUUCAAAGUCAGCAGUCGUUGUCGUCGUCGCAAGAGAUGCAGCGACACUCAUCGCAAGAAAUGCAGCACAGCAAUUCAUCUCAAGAAUUGAUGAUGCAACAACAUCAGCAGCAGCAGCAAUAUCAACCAGACGAUCAGAAUGUUUUUGAUCCUCGAGAUUUGUCCAAACUUCCUCAAUCCAAUGCGCCUCGCAUAAAAUCUGUACAAAACGUCAACUUUGUCGUAAAGACUCCAAAAAAUCACUACAGCCUCGCUCAACAAGAGGUACCAGUCAAUUCUCAACACAUGCAACAGCAACAACAACAACAACACAAUCAGCAUCAACAACAGCAAAAACAACAGCUGCAGCAACGACGUCAAGAGACACCGAUGAUGUCCAGCAUGCACGAAAGCUCGCGGAACAACGGCUCGGCAAUGCCGAGCAUGCAAGAGAGCAGCCAUAAUAUUGACUCGACAGCGUCAAAUUAUCCCAUGCAGAUGCCACAAAACCUGAAUGUGACGCCCGUGUCCGGCAUGAAUGUCGAUCCAGCAGGAAUGAUGUCGACGAGUAUGCUUUCCAGCGAAAUGAACAUUUCGGUCGAUAAUAUAUCAGCAAUCCUUGGCAGUGAAAUUACAGAACCUGGUGGCAGUGCUGAAUUAGCGCGUCGACUUUACGAGGAUUCCGAUAUGGCAUCCGAAGACGGUGAUUUUGACUACGAAAAAAUGUUGAAUAAAUUCUGCUCGCCUGUAGCAGCUUCGAAGAACCGAUCCCAAGAGCAAAAUACAACUGAAUCGUUGCCAAUAAAUACUCAAAUUCGUCCUGAUCCAAGCAAUAAUGAACCAAAGUCGAAUUCACAAGAACCCCCAGGUGGUUUUAUGUUUGGCGCAUUUGCUAAAAAGUCCACUACGAUGAAUCGAUUUUUCUAAAAAAAUUUUUAUAAUUUGUGGAUUUUCUAUACUUUGUCGAUCAAUUUUUGAUUUAUUUAUUCGCUUCACUCGUUCAAUCAACUAAAAAAUCAUGUAGAAUUUAUUUUUAUUUAUCGGGUACUUACGAUGGUCGCUCCUGCUGAGAAAAAUAAACACCGUAUUAAGUA